AUGCGCUCCAGGAGCUUGCGUCUGGCUCACCACAAAACCGAGGUGUUGCUGAUCACAAACCUGAUAUCAGCACAAACAGGGACGAUUCCAGCUGGACCACCGUACGCAAUCUACUUCAAGCGUGCGAACAAGCACUUGGGAGUGAUGAUAAAAUUGGCUGAGUAUUACGAGCCAUUUCGAUUACGCCUGCAAAAGAGCGGCAAUGGCGACGGCAGCCCUCUUGCGGGCCAUUACGGAGCAGCAGCCUUGAGCAGGCAGUGUAACCUGCAAAAGCUCUGCAGUGUUCAGCGGCUGCGAGUAAUCAGCGCAUUCCGAACGGUGUCCUCGAUAGCUACUGAUAUUAUGGCGGUGUUCGUGCCCAUCUCGGUCUUGCUAGAGGAAGAUAUCUUCUGCUACGAGUACAGGCACAUGCCCAAUGUGCGGAAACAUGUCAGAGAGGCCUCGAUGUCCAGCUGGCAGCACCAGUGA